ACGUCACAUCUCGUUACGCCAUUUUUGUUGGGGAGCAGUCGUGUUAAGAAAAUCAGGAUUAGGUCCAGUGCAGUUUUGUGAAACGGUAACUCGUUUAAUCGGCUCUUUAAGUUGUCUUCGAGCUGGACAGCUGCUUGUCCACCACACCAUGUCAUCAGAAAAUCUCGACUCGGACACACAGGUGGACUACGAGGAUGAAAAACAGGACUCCCAGGAGAAAAAUGCAAACCCGAUGAAAGCAGAGGAGAUCAAGCUGAAAGCGAAGUACCCCGGCCUGGGCCAGAAACCUGGUGGCUCUGACUUCCUGAUGAAGAGGCUGCAGAAGGGGCAAAAGUAUUUUGACUCGGGCGACUACAACAUGGCCAAGGCCAAGAUGAAGAAUAAGCAGCUUCCGGUGGCGGGACCUGACAAGAACCUGGUGACAGGUGAUCACAUCCCCACGCCACAGGAUCUGCCACAGAGGAAGUCGUCCUUGGUGACCAGCAAGCUAGCUGGUUAGCCUUCAUCAUCUCAAAGGCACCCCCCACCCCCACUCCGGGGGAUCCCAGGAAAACAUCCCUCUUCAACCUCACCUGUGUCCCCAAUAUGUCUGCUCCUCCCCUCCUUCUGCUUCCUUUUUCAUCCCCAGGCACCACUGGCUUUAACAUAUCGGGCAGAGUUGUAUAAGUUAAGACUCCCGUUUGCUUGUGUGUGAGCGGGGAGAGUUGGGAGGGAUGGAGGUUUGGGGGAGCCACAGGCUGCAGCCCUCUCUGCCUUUCCACCACGCACAUCUCCAUCCUCUCUGCGCACUCUGCUCUGCCGCCUCCCUUAUAUCUUGGGUUUUCAGCAUUCCAAGAUGCAUUACAGUAGGCGUGUGUCAUCAGGCAGGGUAGGACGGGGUGAGUUAAUGCACUUUGUAUUCUGUAUAGUUCUGUUGAGUUCUUUUUCAUCCUAAAUGACACCAAAAUAUUGUUUGUAAGAGGGUUAGGUAUCAUAGUCACAACUUGUUUAAUGUGUUUUUUCUGUCCUGGUGGCUUGCUUCAGCGGUCGGUGUUGAAGUGAAUACUUGCUUAUCUACCAAAUCUGUUUGAGUUAACGUGUUUGUUUUAUUUUCCACCAACACCCUGGUGGGAAAUGAACAGAGUGUACUUUGCAUCUCACCCUUCGGUAACGUUUUUAUCCAAAGUAACCUGGGGUCACCCGCUGCAGUUGCAGCAAAUGGGGAUUUCAAGUGUUUUCUUUGCCUCUGUUUUACUCCCUUUGCUCUUGUUCUCUUUAAAUAUGCUGCAUGAUUGUAACAUUUAAGAAAAAGCCUAGACCUUCUCUUUUUGUUAAAUGGCAGUGGGACAUCUGCAUAGUGAAUAAAAAGCAUCAAAAAGAAGACACGAAUCGAGCAAAUGUCCGCAGUCACACUUGUCUGAACAUUUAGCUGUCCCGACAGUCCAUCCACGCGUGUUGGCAGCCCAGAGCAGAACCUUUGCUUUAUUAUCCCAAAUCUGGGGGCUCUGCUGUUUUCAGUCUUUGGUCGGUGGUUCUUGAGUUGCAUCAAGUUGUGUGUUCACCAUGAACCGUGGGAUUAAUGGGGAGAGGGUUAUGGUCGUGAGGGAGGAAUGCACGUAAUUGGUGACAAGCGUGGUGCUUUGAGGACAAGUCUAGAGAGUACACCCUCCAGAACUGGUAGUUCAAAAUGGAAUCACUGGGGGGUUUCAUUCUGGGAUUUUUACACUUGGAGAUUCUUUGCUGUAUGUGCAGAAGGUGGAGACACUUGUGUUUUCACCGAAUCAUCGACACGGCGUUGCGUUUUCAUGAGGCAGAAGGGAAGAGCGCUAUAGCCAUCCUGAUGGCUCGCCCUCCUUUCAGCUACAAAACUUUAGCUCCACCUUAAGGACCGUAGUUUUUCCAAAGGGGAUUUCUAAUCGGGGUUUUUUUUUUUCCCCCAUAAUAAAACUUUCACAUCUUAAACUCAAAUCAGUUAUAAAACACUAACUAAAUGAAUAACAUUUGACCUUCUUGGAAUACAGAUCCUGUCCCGGCAUACACGUUUUUCUUUUCCUCCCAAACUGUCACUUGGCUCUUUUAUGUCAGGCUGUCAGUGAGUAAUGGCAACCUGAUCAGUGCAGCUUUGAGAAGCAAUGUGGGACACUUCAUAUCUGCAGGAGCACACUUAGCAAAGCUGAGAGAUUUCAUAACUUGAUGAGGGGGCAAAGUGUGCGUGUGUGAUGUACCGAAGUCCCACCUGUUCUUGUGAUUCGACCUGUGAAACGGGUCAGAAGAGCGAUCACGUCUCCAGACUUUGAAUGUGCAGCCUUCACACAUUUAAGAAUCGCAUCUGGAUUCUUGCACUCUUUGAAACUUAAGUGUAGAUCACUGCUUCAGGGAACCUCCACAAACUCACACUCCAACAUGUAGGCUACACCAUAGGACACCACUACUUUAGCAACCUCACUUUCAAAUGUGUCAAAUUUGCAGUGAGUGAGAGAAAAGUGACCUGUUAUGGUGCUGUAUGAAUGCAAAGCUUAUUUUCUGUUCAAACUAUUGUAAAUAGACUUUAACAGGAUAUAACGUUUUGAUGUUUGCCUCCCACGUUUUGAGUUUUUUUGUAGCUUGAGCUCAUUUUGAUCCGGUGGUUCCUUUCUCCUCGGUUUGACACUACUUCUACUGUAACCUGUUGCAUCGCAGAGGCUUUGUGAAUUUGUAUCAUAUGAAAAAUGUGUGUAAAUUCUUCUGAUUCAAAGACAAAUCCAAAAACAAAACCCUGUAAAGAACACCUGUCCUGUUUAUUUUAACAAGCCGAUCCAUUUUUUUUUUGUUUCUCUUGAGUCGCCGUUGCAAAAUUUUCCAGCUUCAGUGGCGAAAUCGACUCCACGUGAGAUUGUUUUUAACUUUCAAGAAAACUGUUCAGUGGCUUUUAAAAAGUGCAUUAUUGGUUUUGAUCUGAUUUGUGGUGAGGCCAGAGCUGAAAACUCUGAAAUGCUUUAUUUUUUAUCGUUGUAAUUGGUGAUAUCAAAUAAACGUGUCAUUUGGUUUAAAACAUUCAUUUUUACUGACGAGAAAAGAAGCUGCAAAGUGAAAAUGCACGAAACAAAAGUGGAUAGGGGCUCUUGAACGCUACUUGACAUUUAGCUCUGCACAGAGCAGUUCAAAAAGAAGAAACAACAGAGCGUCUUUUAAACCCAACAAACGGGGUGUGUGUCAUUCAGCCACGAUAAUUACGUGCCAGAAUGUAAAUGACAACAUGUUCUCUGAAGUAUUUCUGUGCUGCUUUUACCUUACAUGUUUUCUUGUUUUGCAAGUAUAUUUCUUUUCUUUCCUCUUUCCUUUGGACUUUUGUUCUCUUAUUGGAUAAUCGGUAUAUUUGAAUCUGGUCCAAAAGAAAAACAACUGUAGGAAAACCAGGAGCACCCUUCCUUCCAAGAAAAACAAAACAAAAACAAACAAAAAAAAAGGGGGGGGGGGGGGGUAAAAAGAGGUUGACUUGAGAACACAAGUAUCAUUUUCAAAUUUCAGAAAGUACAGGGGUACUUGAUAUGUUUCUGUUGUGUGGAAUACAAGAAGAGGAUUUUUGUCAGUAUUUAAAAUAAACUUUUACAUUAAUAAUUA